CCACUGGCGGCAGCAAAGCACUGAAGCGACCGGCCGGCGGCGGCGAGCUUAAAUUGACCGACGGCGUGGCGCACAACUCUAGUCAAAUGUCAGAUGAACCACGCUGCGUUUGAAAAUCCAUUACCUGAAAACAGUGACUUCUAGGGACUUUGAAGACAUUCUUAUCGUACUCACAGUGCAAGCUGUUAUCAUGGCCACCGACUUUGACAUAAAACUGGCCCAAAUGGUGGAGAAGUAUCCAGCAAUACAUGAUAUCAUGAAUGCCAACUACCACAAGAAGGACGCGAAGAAGCAAGCCUGGGCUGACAUUUCCAAACAAUUGGGUAUUGCGCAAGCUAAAUGCGAGAUCAAAUGGAAGUCACUCAAACAUCAGUACUUGAAACGCAAGAAAGAAGCGGACGCAGCAUGGCCACUCAUGGAGUUUCUCAAGUUUCUCGACGAGGGAAAAACAAAGGGUCGCAAAUCAAAGGCUGGCCAAACGGAAGGUCCAAGGCCGCAAGAUGUCCGGACAACUGUAUCACCAGAGAAGCCGUCUCCCAGGGCAAAACGUGCUCGUCGAGAGAGUGUUUGGAGGCCCAAGACUGAAGAGAAGAAGGAAACCUUGCCGCCAUUUCACAAGGAGGUGGUCAUAGUACUCACGGAUGUUGCACGAAACCAGGACAAGGAGAAACCUCCGGCAGAUGAUGACCCACCCGAGACUAUGGAUUGUACAAAUGGGCAUUCGGUUUCCGCAACCGGCACUAAAACGCCGACAAAGACCGAAGUCCGAAAAGGAAGAAAAAGACUGAUCUCACCAACUGAAGUUGUGCAGGAGGACAUCCUACAGGCUACAAAGAAGGAAAGUGAAGAAAGCUUCGAGAAGCUUCUCAGCAGAAAAUUGGCCCAGGUGUCACCAGCGAUCCUGGGGACCAUAAAAGCGAGCAUCUUGGAACUCGUUAACGAAGCUGCAAAACAGUGACGACAAUCUGUGCUCAUUCUCGUUGACUUUUAGAAAUAAAUUUUAUUUGCGCACUUUUA